CCGAGCUUUACUCUCACAUAUCUACUCACUUCUCUCACAACCUCUUACCAAAAAAUGGCCUCUGAUGGUAGUUUUGUCUUGCUAGCCCAUUGGAACGGUGAGAUAAUGAUCAAGAACAAUGAAGUGGAGUACUCAUUGCAUUCAAACAAGGCCUUUGUUUUUUAUCUUGAUAUCUCAUUCGAGGAGGUCUUCAAUGAACUCCUUGAUGCUAUUGGUGAAGAUAAUCUCAAUUCCAUCAAAAACAUUUGGGGGAAAAUAUCCCAAAUACAAGGAUGGAGUUUAUGCUGCUUCACGCCCUUUCCCCAUUUCCGAGGAACGAACAUGGAGGUGUUUCGUUCAAAAGGCAACGAAGGAAUAUGAUGAACUUGAGGUUUACCUAGAUGCACACCAAGUUGAAGUGUUGGCUAACGAGGAAGAAGAAAUGGAGGAAGAGGAGCCUAUUAACUUGAGACCAGACCUUUCGAAAGAGAAGGACGAUAAGCUUAUUACAAGCAAGCUCAUCUCGGGAAUUAUAUUCUCUAAAAUUGUUGCUGAUGCUGAUUACAAGGUGAGGUACAUCAUUAAAGAUAUAUAUGACUUAUUUCAAGUUUCUGUGUCGUAUAAGAAAUGUUGGUUAGCUAAGUCGAAUGCCAUUCAACGACUGUACGGAUCCUGGGAGGAUUCGUAUAACAAGCUAUUGCCUCUGUUAGCGGCGUUGAUUCAAAGCAAUCCUGGGUCAGUGGCCGAAAUACAAAUGCGGCCAACAACAACGCCAUAUACUUUUCAGUUAAUGUAUGUUUUCUGGUCUUUCAAAGCGUCUAUAGAUGGGUUCAAGUACUGUUUUCCCGUGAUCUCUGUUGAUGGCACCCACUUGUAUGGGAAAUAUAAGGGGGUGUUGUUGUUGGCAGUAAUAAUGACAGCAAAUCACGAGAUUUACCCCUUAGCCUAUUCCCUUGUUGACAAAGAAGACGGGGAUAGUUGGAGCUGGUUCAUGAUGCAUUUAAUGCAUUAUGUAGUACCUUAUGAUAUGUCAGUGUGCAUCAUUUUUGAUAGGCACGGUGGCAUUGAUGUAGCUUUCAAUACUAUCCCCCAAUUAUUGGAACAGCGUGUCACCAGGAGAUAUUGCCUGCGCCACUUAAGAAGUAACUUUCAGAAGAAGUUCAAUAGCAAAAAACUGAAGGGCUUGAUGUAUGAUGCAGCUAGUACCCCAGAUGUCUCUGAAUUCAAUAGAACAAUGCAACAAAUUAAGUCACAACGGGAGGAGGCAUAUGACUGGUUGUUGGCUUUGCCAUUAGAGAAGUGGGCACUCUGUUCCGAUGGUGGGGCUCGAUAUGGAAUCCUGACCACUAAUCUUUCAGAAAGCUACAAUCACGUGCUUAAGGGAUGCCGAUCUCUUCCGGUAUAUGCCAUUGUGAAGACGACGUACGAGCGGUUAGUAAAAUUAUUUGCAGAAAGGCGUACAAACGGAUUUACAUGGCUACAAGCGGGAUUUAAGUUCCCAAAAUAUAUUUGGAACGAGGUGAGACGCAUGGAAGACCAUCGUUUACAUUGCCAUGUUAUCCCACAUCAUCCGCAACAAGGGAUUUAUCGGGUCGUUGUUGAGGGUAACGCUGGAGCUACCGGUAGAUUAGAUGAGAUUGUCGUGCAUCUGGGCCAAAAAUUUUGCACUUGCGGGAAAUGGGCCACAUUGCACAUGCCAUAUGUGCAUGUCUAUGCCGUAUGUCGUUAUUGCAACAUUACUGUUGAUGAUCUCAUCCCACGAGUGUUUUCACUUCAGAAUUAUCUUGAUGCAUAUUCUGGAAAUGUUAUGCCACUACAAAACGAAAUUGAAUGGCCUACCCUUGGUUAUGAAUUAGUCCAUCCAUUUACAGGGCAAAAGUCACAGGCCGGUCGGCCAGUGAGUACUCGUUUCACAAAUAAUAUGGAUAUGCGAGCACGAAGACAUCGUCGAGGAACUUAGUUAAAUUAUAAAUUUCAAUGUGGGAUUUUUAUAUAUGUACGACAACUUUUAUUUGUAUGCUUUUUAUUUCAAUAGUAGUGCAUCAAAUUAAUAAAAAUUUUAUUAUUGUUCAAAUUUAAUGCCAAUAUCUAAUAAAGGGAUGUAUUUAAU